CUCAUUUCCACUUACGUCCUCUAUCUUCUUCGCCGUCGACGGUUAGGGUUUGUUUUUCGCCAAAUCAACGCUACCUGAUUCCCAUGGAAGGUUCGGCCGAUCAAACUACGCAAGCGAUUUCGAAACUAUCCAUGGAUCCUUCUACUACCUCCGAGUCUGGUGCUGGUGAUGGAUCUAAAGCUCCGAGUAAAAAUGCUCUGAAGAAGGAGUUGAAGAUGAAGCAGAGAGAGGAAGAGAGGAAACGCAAGGAAGAGGAAAAGGCUAAACUAGCUCCAAAGGCAAGCUCACAGAGCCAGAAGGCAGUAGCAGCAGAUGAUGAGGAUAUGGAUCCAACGCAAUACUUUGAGAACAGAUUGAAGUAUCUUGCGGCUGAGAAGGCUAAGGGGGAGAAUCCAUACCCUCACAAGUUUGCUGUGUCAAUGUCUAUUCCUGAGUAUAUUGAGAAGUAUGGUAGUUUGAACGAUGGGGAUCAUGUUGAAGAUGCUGAGGUUUCUCUAGCUGGGAGGAUAAUGAACAAGCGAUCUUCCUCUUCCAAGCUCUUCUUCUAUGAUCUGCACGGUGAGGAUUCCAAGGUCCAAGUUAUGGCUGAUGCAAGUAAGUCAGGAUUGGAUGAAGCUGAGUUUUCAAAGCUCCAUGCGAAUGUUAAGCGUGGUGAUAUUGUUGGUGUCACUGGGUUUCCAGGAAAAUCCAAGAAGGGAGAGUUGAGUAUCUUCCCACGAUCAUUCAUUGUUCUGUCUCAUUGCCUCUACAUGAUGCCGAGAAAGGCCGAGAAUGUUGAUGGAAAGAAACCUGAGAACUCUUUUCCAGGUAAACCGAGAAAGGCUGAGAAUGUUAGUGCAAAGAAACCUGAAAAGUGGAUUCCAGGUCAACCGAGAAAUCCUGAUACAUAUGUUCUGAAAGAUCAGGAAUCUCGUUAUCGCCAGCGUUAUCUUGAUCUGAUGUUGAACGUGGAGGUUCGCCAGAUAUUCAGAACCAGAUCUAGUAUCAUUUCCUACGUCCGCAGAUUCCUUGACAGUAAAAGAUUCUUGGAGGUCGAGACACCUAUGAUGAACAUGAUUGCUGGUGGAGCAGCUGCUCGACCGUUUGUGACACAUCACAAUGAUCUAGACAUGAGGCUGUACAUGCGUAUCGCCCCUGAGCUCUUUCUGAAGCAACUUAUUGUCGGUGGCUUGGACCGUGUCUAUGAGAUUGGAAAGCAAUUCAGAAACGAGGGUAUUGACCUGACGCACAAUCCGGAGUUCACCACUUGCGAGUUCUACAUGGCUUUCGCAGACUACAAUGACCUGAUGACAAUGACUGAGGAUAUGUUAAGUGGCAUGGUUAAGGAACUAACUGGUGGAUACAAAAUCAAGUAUCAUGCUAAUGGUUAUGAUAAGGAGCCAAUCGAAAUUGACUUCACUCCUCCAUUCAGGAGGAUUGAGAUGAUAGGAGAGUUAGAGAAGGUGGCUAACCUUAACAUACCAAAGGAUUUGGCUAGUGAAGAAGCCAACAAGUACUUGAUUGAUGCAUGUGCCAGGUUCGACGUGAAAUGCCCUCCUCCUCAGACAACAGCUCGUCUGCUAGAUAAACUUGUUGGAGAGUUUCUGGAAGUGACAUGUGUGAACCCGACUUUCAUCAUCAACCAUCCCGAGAUCAUGUCUCCUUUGGCUAAAUGGCAUAGAUCAAACGACGUUUUGACUGAGAGAUUCGAGCUGUUUAUCAACAAACAUGAACUCUGCAACGCAUACACGGAGUUGAACGAUCCUGUUGUUCAGCGUCAACGGUUUGCUGAUCAACUAAAGGAUAGACAAUCUGGAGACGAUGAAGCGAUGGCAUUGGAUGAGACUUUCUGCAAUGCAUUAGAGUAUGGAUUGGCUCCUACAGGUGGGUGGGGAUUGGGUAUUGACAGGCUUGCCAUGCUCUUUACAGACUCACAGAACAUCAAGGAGGUUAUUCUCUUCCCGGCAAUGAGGCCACAAGACGAUCCAGCAUCUGUUAAAGCGUCUUUGGAAGCAGAGAAGAAAGGAGAGUAGAGCACAGUUUUCAUCUCUUUUGCCUCUAAAGUUUGGUAGUCAAAUUGCUAUUACGCAACUUUAAUUGCGAUGUACGAACAACCCAGAUUUCUACAAACAGCUUGUUAUUAUCAAAUACCUUUGUAUGACUUUUUUGGAUCUCGUUUAUUUUCUUUAAUCGUAAUCUCGUUCUCA